AUGUUUUCCGGUGGGGAGCACAAUUUCAGCAUGAACUAUGAUACUGUUAUAUGUGACUGUGGGAAAACUAUGACCAGAGAAACAGAAUUAAGAUCAUCUGAGACUAUUGAAGAUGGUGAUGAUCAUGUUUUUUGCACGAAAGAUGCUUCCUUUAUAAUCAGUGAUGAUAUGCGUGUGGCGCCUUAUGUGGUCGGGUCGGUCUUGAGAAUUCUUGUGCAACUUGGUAUUACGGACUCCAAAGGGGCCGAGAUGAGGAGCGUGACGUUCGGAUAUAAUGAGAUUAUAGAUUUGCUGAAAGGCAUGCUCGUAUCACGGACUCCUUUGACCGAUAUCAUACUCGGAAGAACUCAAAAUAACUCUGAAGAAGUUCAGAAGAUCAAAUCUUCUGGAGUUUUUUUACCAAAGACUGACGAAGCAGCUGCUUCUAACUCUGAGAAGAUGAUGACACUAAAAGUUGUAAUACAAAGAUCUACACGAGUGUUUCUUUUUGCGCAAGCCAAGGGUGAUUUUGCCGAUUUUCUCUUUAGUUUGCUCACGAUCCCACUCGGAGGAGCUUUGUCACUUCUGGCUAGUAGCACUGGCAUUACAGAUACAUUCGGAAUCGAGGAAAGGAGCGUAACUUUCGGAUUCAAUGAGAUAAUGGAUUUGCUGAAGGGGUCAUUAGUUUCUCGGGCGCCACUCACGGAACUUAUUCUCGAUAAAAACCCGAUGAAGCAUGUUGCGAUGAAGUGCGAGAUAGGUGUCCUACCAGUUGAUCUGAUCAAGCAACUAGCUGAAACUUGCAGUGCUAAGAAAAUGACUGUGAAAGCCAUCGUAUCGUCUAAUAAGCUACUAUUUGCUGAAGUGGAUGCUAGUUUUGUGGAUUUCCUAUUUAGCCUGUUGGCUGUUCCCUUAGGAAGGAUUGCGUGCCUACUGCGCUGUGACACAUGUCUUAAUAACAUAGACAAUUUGUACAAAAGCGUAGAGAAUAAGAGUGCUGAAAAGUAUUUGAAGAACAAAUGCAAAGCCAAUGCCCUGCUACUCCAGCCAAAGUUACCAUUCUGUUACUGCUCGAGAAACUACUUUAUCUCACCGACUGACACAGAUUUCCCUUCUUUGUAUUUUUAUCAAGAUAUGCGUUGUCUGUCACCUUUGCAGUCGGUGAACUCAUCGGAUGGCUAUUGGGUGAACUGUUAUAAGUUUCCGGAAGAUCAAGUGGCCUACUCUACUUACACCCUUCAGAAUUCUCGUUACCUAGCAUGGCAGGAAAAAUAUGUUAAACGACAAACUAUGUAUAUGGUGACCGAUGAUUUAACUGUGACUCCCUUGUCUUCCAUCUCGGGCUUUUCCAUUCUCAAUAGCCUCAAAAUCCCAUUAUCUGAAGUCAAGGAACUCGAGCUGGUUGUUGGUCUGGAAGAGGCUCUGAGCAUAAUGAAAGCAUCUCUGACUUCGUCUCGCGCCUUAACCGAUGGCCUCAUCAAUCCAUUUUUAAGGAAACAAUUGAAGCAAGAGGGAUGA